CCGCCCCUACCCGGCGCGCAGCGGGAGGCUGAGGAUCCGCGGCAGCCAUGGUGUUGAACCCGGUGCUGGGGAAGCUGGUCAGCAAGCGGGUGGUGCUGGCCAGCGCCUCGCCGCGCCGCCAGGAGAUCCUCACCAACGUGGGCCUGCGGUUUGAGGUGGUUCCAUCCUGGUUUAAGGAGACACUUGAAAAGUCAUCUUUUGCAGCCCCUUUUGAGUAUGCUGUGGAAACAGCAAGACAGAAAGCUCUUGAAGUAGCAAACAGAAUGCAUGUAAAGCAUAUGAGAACACCUGAUGUUGUCAUAGGAGCAGACACUAUUGUGUCUGUGGAUGAGCAGAUCUUGGAGAAACCAGUUGAUAAGCAAGAUGCCUAUAGGAUGCUGUCAAGGUUGAAUGGGAAAGAGCACAGUGUCUUCACAGGAGUGGCUAUUAUACACUGCCACAGUAAAGACAGUAAGCUAGAGAUGGAAAUUACUGAUUUCUAUGAAGAGACUAAAGUAAAAUUUUCUGAUCUGUCUGAAGAGCUCCUAUGGGAGUACAUUCAUAGUGGGGAGCCAAUGGACAAGGCGGGUGGAUACGGUAUCCAGGCCCUUGGUGGAAUGUUGGUUGAGUAUGUCCAUGGAGACUUUUUGAAUGUGAUGGGAUUUCCUCUGAAUCACUUCUGCAAAAAGCUAGCAGAAUUGUACUAUCCACCCUCUAAACAUAAUGUACAACAUAAAAAGUAUGACUCUAUCCCUUCUGUGGACACUUUUGAGAACCUAAGUGAUGGAGAGAGUGAAUCUUCAAAUUUCAGAGAGCACAAAGGUGCCAGUAAGUUGGACAGCAGUGGGAAGCAUUCGCCAGGAGGUGUUUUAACUUCUGAAAACAGUUCUGGUGUCAGAACUGGUUUUACAGUACCUUUGGAAAAUCAGAAUGGAGUGUCACAAAGAGCACCAGAAGUUCCAUCUAAAAUUCUAGAGCUGAUGGAUGGUUUUAGGGCUUCAAAGGUUCUGCUUGUAGCCUCUAAGCUGAAGAUAUUUGAUCACCUGAAACAUAAAGGUCCAGCGAAGGCUGUGGAUAUUGCAAAUGAGAUUGGAACCUCUGUAUGUGGAACAGAAAGACUCCUUGAUGCAUGUGCUGCUCUUGGAUUACUGGAGAAGACACCACAAGGUUACAGUAAUACAGACUCAGCAAAUACCUUCCUGACCUCAGAUGGUGAAUACUCACUUCAUGGCUACAUUAUUCAUUCUAAUGAUCACCUUUGGCCUCUCUUUACAAACUUGGAGUCUGCUGUCAAAGAAGGCAGCAGGCAGAACCAUCGAGCCUUUGGAAAGAAAGCAGAGGAUUUAUUUAAGGACUAUUAUCACAGCCAGGAGGGAAAGCAACGUUUUAUGGCUGCCAUGCACAGCAUUGCUCGCCUGACAGCAAGAGACGUGGCUACAGCAUUUGAUCUUUCACAGUUUAAAUCUGCUUGUGAUUUAGGAGGUUGCACUGGAGCUCUGGCUUGUGAAUUAGUACAAAUAUACCCAAAUCUCAAGGUCACAGUAUUUGACCUUCCAGAAGUCAUUGCAAACACCUCUUACUUUCAGCCUUCAGGACAACACACAGCUCCAGUGACAUUUGUAUCAGGUGACUUCUUCAAGGAUAAUCUUCCAGAAGCAGAUCUUUACAUCCUUUCACGUAUUCUUCAUGACUGGCCUGAUGAAAAGAUACAUGUGCUGUUAAGCAAGAUAUCAGCUCUUUGCAGACCAGGAAGUGCCUUGCUAGUGGCAGAAACUGUGCUUGAUGAACAGAAGACACACCCUUCUAGAGCUGUGCUACAGUCCCUCAGUAUUACUGAAGGCUGUGCAAUUUUGCUGGCUGAAAUGGUGUUGGAUGAUGAGAAGAAGAACAGGAGCACAGCUCUGCUGCAGUCUUUGAACAUGCUUGUGCAGACAGAGGGAAAGGAGAGAAGUGGCUCUGAAUAUCAAGCCUUGCUGGAACAACAUGGAUUCACAAAUGUCAAAAUCAGAAUUACAGGAAAUUUGUUAGAUGUCAUUCUCUGUGUUAAGACCUAGAAAAAAUGGAUUUAGUAAAAUCUGGAUGUCUUCUA